AUGCUCAGAGAAGUAAAACCGAAGAAUGCGCGCACAGCGCGCAUCCUGAAGGCCAAAGAACCUCAGCUCAUCGAACCCCCCAAGCGCACGCUGUUGCUGCACGGCUCAAAAUGUCCGCAAGCUUUACACACUGUUCUGAAGACCUUCCAUUCCUUGACCAGACCGGAUUCAGUCCUAUUUCACAAGAAGAACGAGAACAUUCACCCGUUUGAGAGCGUCGAAAGUCUCGAAUUUCUGGCCAACAAGAACGAAUGUGGUCUUGUGGUGUUCGGUAGCAGCAACAAGAAACGACCCAACUGUGUCACUAUGGCACGUGUAUUCGAUUCCAAGAUCCUUGACAUGUGCGAAUUGAUGCUACUGCCGCACCCCGACGCUGAGCAACAUACUGAUCUGGCUAUGCAUAUCGGCAUCGGAUUGCGGCCCAUGAUCCUUUUCUCAGGCAGUGCUUGGGAAGACUCAACCUCAAUGGCACAUGUCAUGCUGAAGAGUAUGUUCCUGGACCUGUUCAAGGGUGAGACGAGCGAUAAGAUUGACGUGGAGGGGCUCCAAUAUAUUUUGAUGAUCGGUGCCGAGGAGCCUACUGAAGGGUUGGCUCCUGUUGUUCACUUGCGCUGGUACAAGCUUCGGACGAAGCGUAGUGGCCACAAGCUCCCGCGGGUGGAGCUGGAGGAGAUUGGGCCCAAGUUCGACUUCAAGGUUGGACGUCUGCAGGAGGCCCCUCGGGACGCGAUGAAGGAGGCUAUGAAGCAAGGCAAGAGGCCCAACGAGGAGAUCAAGAUGAAGAAGAACAUCAGCAUGGAUUCGAUUGGUGACAAGAUCGGUCGUGUUCACCUGGGCAAGCAGGAUCUCAGCGGCCUGCAGACUCGGAAAAUGAAGGGAUUGAAGCGCCGCGCAGGUGUGGAGUCGGAUGACGAUGCGGAUCAGGACAUGAUGGACGUGGAUGAGAUCUCGGAGGAUGAAGGCCGCAAGAGAGCUAAGACGGCAUGA